CUACAACAAUGAAGUAAAGAGGGAUCACCAUACGACAGCCAAAAUAGACGCACUGAAAGCCAUUUUAAAGAAGAGGUUAGAAAAUGCAAACCAUAGCUCUAUUGAACAUACCGUUGACAACAUCUUACGUAAAAUUGAAACUGAACGUGAUCUUAGUCAGUAUAUAAUGCAUUGCGAUAUGGAUAUGUUCUAUGCAGCGGUUGAGGUACUUGAUAAUCCCAGCUUGAAAGGCAAGGCUUUUGGUGUUGGUAAGGGGAUUCUCACUACCGCGUCUUAUGAAGCUCGAAAGUUCGGUAUAAGAUCUGCGAUGCCAUGUUUCAUUGCUCAUAAGCUUUGCGACCAUUUUAUUGAGGUACCCAUGCGUAUGGAUCGAUAUGUUGAGAAGUCCCGACAAGUGAUGGAGAUUUUCUCCCGUUUUGACGAAAACAUGGCGGCUGCAUCAUUAGAUGAAGCAUAUCUCAAUGUCACAUCGUAUAUGAACGAGCACGGGUUGACACCAGAGGAAGUGUCUCAACAGCUACGUAAAAUGGUAGAAUGCGAAACUGGACUUACUGUGUCAACUGGUAUUGCCCCAAAUAAGACGCUGGCGAAGAUUUGUUCAGAUAAGAAUAAACCAAAUGGUGAAUUCACAAUGCAGUUCUACAAAGAUACUGUUGUAAGCUUUAUGAAAGAUCUACCUAUUAGAAAGGUUCCAGGUAUAGGUAGAAUCAACGAACGCCUUGUUCAGUCCCUAGGGAUCGAAACUUGCGGCGAUAUCCUAAACCACAAAGUGGAAUUAUACCUGCUUCGCAAGGAAUUACAAUCGGACGGAUUAUUGAGGGCCAAUUUGGGUAUAUUUAGUAAUACGGUUGCACCUGCAAAAAAAGAAGACAGAAAAAGCGUCGGAAUUGAAAAGACCUUCCAACCAAUCUUUGAUACGAAGGUUCUAAUGGAAAAAUUGAAAAUCCUUUGCAAAGAACUUGAAGGUGACCUCAAGCGAACACAGUUCGAAGGUAGAACAGUUACUUUGAAGUAUAAAAAAGACACUUUCGAGAAUUUUACUCGUUCUACGUCUGUCCAUAAGUUUCUCAGCCAGAGUGAAGAGAUAUGGCCAGUUGCGAAGGGGCUGCUUGAGAGGGAGCUACCUCUGACAUUACGCUUAAUGGGUGUCCGAUUGACAAACCUACGACAUAUUGGUGGAACAGCAAAUGAUAUCACUAAAUUUUUUUCUAAACAACAACAGCGAACCACUAGCACAAGCUAUGAUCCACAGGAUGAUAGUGAUGUAGAGAUAAUCGAGAAGGACCAACCGAAAGCUCAUGAAAACGACAAGAACGUGCUUUUUCAACAAAAUGUUGAUACAACUAAACCAUUUUUCGAUGACAUUGAUGAAGAUUCUGAAAGUGUUGAAGAGUCAGACGAUGAUAUUGAAAUAAUACUCCCCAAUUCCAAAUUCAAACGUAAAGAGACAGAUAAGGAUGUUCUUGAUACUACAAGUGACGACACCCUUGAAUGUCCAGUGUGCUUGAAGGAACUCAAGUUGUCUAAUGACGAAUUCAACAAUCAUCUCGAUGACUGCCUCACACAACAAGAAAUAACAUUCAUCGCAAACAACCCGACACCUCCCACUAAGUCACAUAAAAAACACAAAUCAGACCCAUUUGAAAAGCACAAACGCACGAAAUAA